GUCAUUACUUUGCGACAAAUUCGCUUGUCAUUGAGGCAAGAUGGCGUCGCCAGCAGAUGCGCCAGACAGAGAGCUGGAUGAAUUAUUGGACAAUGCUCUUAAUGACUUUGACAAGACUAAUGUGCCACCAGCGGCCCCUGAAGCCCAAGAUGCCCCUGAUACAGGAGCAAAAACUGAAGAGAAGCCACCUCUGCUGGAGGACAGUAAGUUCUUCGAGUCUCUGUUUGACGGGGAGAUGGCCAAUCAGGCGCGGGAUGAAUGGGAAAAAGCAAUGAGCGAGCUGGCUCAGGAGGAGCCUGAGCUUAUAGAACAUUUUCAGAAGCUGUCCGAGGCUGCAGGCAAAGUGGGCUCAGAUGUAGCUUCUCAGCAAGAAUUCACCUCCUGUCUUAAAGGCACCCUUAGUGGUUUGGCAAAAAAUGCUGACAACCUGCAGACUGCAGGAUUGGCUGGAGAAGACUUAGUUAAGACCUUGGAGAACCUGGGAUUGAACGAAAAUGGGGAGGGAGCAGAGGAUGGCAACAUUCUCCCUAUCAUGCAGUCUAUUAUGCAAAAUCUCUUGUCCAAAGAAGUUCUGUACCCUUCUCUUAAAGAGAUCACGGAGAAGUAUCCUGAAUGGCUGGAGAGCAACAGGCAGUCCAUCCCUCCAGACCAGUUUAUGCGGUAUGAGCAACAGUACAAGAUAAUGGGAGAGAUAUGCACCCAGUUUGAGAAAGAUGGAGAAAGAGAGAGCACCUUUGAAAACAUUCUGGAACUUAUGCAGAAGCUGCAAGAUUUGGGUCAACCUCCGAAAGAGCUGGCUGGAGAGGCACCUCCUGGCCUGAACUUUGACCCCGAAUCUCUGCAUCUUCCCGGAGCACAAGGUGUCCCAGGAGCAGAGCAGUGCUCAAUCAUGUGAUCUCAGUGAGGUCAAAUCACAACACGUUUAACAAUGACACAGAUUGGAACGAAUUAGGAGAUCCGGAGUUGGACACAAUUGAUCAUGCUCCCCUUUUAAAGGAGUUAUUUUGUGUCGGCGCUGAAACCGUGAACGGUCACUACAUGCAUUUUACUUUGUAGUUCUUGUCCACAGACUUUCCUUUGAUUUUUCAAGCCUAAUUCAAGUAACUCAUUGUAAUUCACAUUUGAAUGAAGUUUGAUGUCAUGUGGGCUGACAGCUUGGUAGGGGUCAUUGGAAUUUUGUAAGUCUCGUAGAUUUACAUUCGAACACAUUUGACAAGUAGUUUCGUCAUUUGUGUUGCGAACCAUUAGAGACAAAUUAGUGGAGCAGGAUGUGGAUGAGUGUACAAUAAAUUAAGAUGAUAUAUUUUUUAAGUCUCAAAAAGCAGCUAAUGUAAGGUUUUCAGGUGUGCAAAUUCAGCUAACCUAAGGUUCAGUAUUGAUUUUAACAACAGUGUAGCUGUUUAUGUGUCCAUCUGCCUUCAUACUGUAGUGUCAUAAGGAUUACAUGAUUUGACAUAAUCAGUGACCAAAAUUGAUCACUGAAAUCCCAAAUUCUCAAAUAACUAGCUGCAGAUACUCCAGAAGAUGCUGUUGUAUAAUAUAUCCCAGUGUACCAUUCUGAUUCCUCUAGAUGGCAUUUGUGAUUUGAGUAGAAUAACUCACUUUCCUUGUGUCUUUUUAAAGUCUGCAUAUCAUCAGGUAGAUCAGCAGUAGACAUAUGUAUUUUUGAAUAACCAUGCAGACACGAUUCGUUCCUAGUCAUUCCUAUGUUGGUUCCUCUGUGAUAUAUUGUGCUACGGUCGACCUUAAGAAGAUUGUUUCAGUGAUGCUGAAAUACAAAUGACGUUAAAUCCAUGGAAACUUCAAAAGUACAGAGAGGAAUUUAAAGCUAUUUACUUUUAAGAG